AUGGGGGACAGACAGAAAAUAUCAAUUGCGAAGCUUGUAAACUCGUUAAAGACGUUCAAGGACAUUGCACAACUGUCGAAAACAAAAUUAAAACAUAUCGCUAAGAGUUUGGACAUUGACGUUGAAAAGUCGUUUGGAAAGAAAGCCAUACUUAAUCUUGUCUGUAAUGGUUUAAACAUAUCAACUUCGUCUUCGAGUUCGUCUGUGCCGUUGCCCCAACCUGCUGAAGACCAAAUCUUACCGUCGAUAAGGCUGCUACAGAAACUAAAAAACUGGAGCAAGAGUCUCACCGGGUUACCGCAAGUUGUGGACGAGUCCAUGGUAAAGACCUUUUUAGUUGGAGCGGGUUAUACCAAAGCGGACGUCAAGAAAUACAAAACCCUUCGUGCUUGGGAGCACAAACAAGGAGUUCACUCUUUAAAGGUUCAUUCAUUACCAGAGUUUGAAAAUAUGUGGGUCCUAAGAGGUUGUUGCAACCCAUCAUUCUCCACCGAUCCAGAAGAAAUGAAGACAAUGUAUGUUGUCAUGCACAUGGAGACCAGCAAGCCAUUAUUUGCAUAUUGUACCUGCACAGUUGGUUUGCGAGGUAAUUGCAGCCAUGUUGGUGCUUUGUUGUUUGUCUUGGCUGACAUUAUUGCAGAAGGAAAAGUGCAAAUCCCUUCAGACCCUACUUGUACCGACUUGCCUUGCUCAUGGACAGAACCUAAAGGUGCCAAAGUAAAACCAGCAAUGGUUGAAAAUAUAAAUAUUUACAAAGCUAAAGUGGGAGAGCAACCACCUGAAAAUAAAUUCCGACCAUCUCCUGCAAUAACAGAGGAUUUGUACAAAAACAGUGAUGAAAAUCCCCUAACAAAGGAAGAACGAAAAUCAAACUUGAGGCAGGCAAUUCUAGAAGCAAAUAUGGAUGUUUAUAUUUGUGAGAAUUAUAAUGCAAGUUUAGCUAUUUGUUGUGAUAUUGAAGUACAGACUAGCUCAUAUGCAAAUGCUGACAAUAAUGAAAUUGAAGAAAUCUUAGAACAUAAUCCUGGUAAUACAGUUUGCUUGCAAGAAAUUCGAGAAAGAGCAGAAAAUGUUUUGAGUGAAAUAUGUGUAAGCCAGGAGGAAGUUGGUUCAAUAGAACGGGAAACCAGAGGCCAGCACAAAAAUCCACUGUGGUUUACACACCGCAUGCCAAGGAUAACUGCAUCAAAGUGUAAGCGGGCAAUUCAAAAAGUGACUACAAGUCCCACUAAAGCAUUGCGUGACAUAUUGGGCUACAACAAGCUCAUCCAAACAUCAUACAUGCAAGAUGGAAAGGAUUCAGAACACAAAAUUAUAGAAAUGUAUGAACAAAGAAACAAUGUCAAUGUCCAACCAUGUGGAUUUUUCAUAUCUGUCACCCAUCCGUUUCUUGGUGCAACACCAGAUUGUUUGGUUGGGGAUGAGGGUAUAAUUGAAGUAAAAAAGAUCCACCCACACACUGCAGAAUCCUUACUGGAUGCCCUCAAAAGGCAAUGUAUAUUAAAGGAAACAGGUAAUCAAAUCUCAUUUAAUAACAAUCACCCCUACUAUUACCAAAUUCAACAACAGCUGUUUUGUUCAAGAAGGUUAUGGGCUGAUUUUGUUGCUUCAGAUGGAAAGGCUAUAUUUGUUCUGAACACUGCUUACUGCCAGAAAUUUUGGGAACAGCAACUACCCAGGCUUAGGAAAUUUUAUUAUGCCAUUAUUUUAUUGGAGCUUGCAUAUCCUCGGGUUAAGUUUGGACACAGUAGAAUUGGUAAACUUGGAAUUACAUAUGAAUCUCUCAGCACUGUUGUAAGAGAGGAAUAAUUAUUAUACAAAUACCAUUGAAUUAUUAGGGCUGCCCCAAGGGUUUCUAAAUGUAAUAAAGUAAUG